AUGGUAAGCCUAUCUUUCUCCAUAUGGAAGUGCUGCGGACACAUAGAUAUGUGGGUAGAGGAAGCCUCAAAAACCGAAGGCCGAGCUGUAGGUCACGUGACCUGCACCGAGUUGGUGGCUGACUGGGCUUUUGAUUUGAUGAAAGCAGAGAAGCUCGCCUUCUUGUUAUCCAAAAGCAAAAGUAGGUCGAAUCGGUCGGGCCCCUGCCCCGGAACGCCGAAUGAAAUAGGUGGCCGGGUUCUUUUUCUACGACCCUUUUUAUAUGGUAGGCCCAGACCCAGGACCCCUAUCCCUUAUGUUUAG